GCAGUUGAGUUAGUAGAGUUUGGCAAACAACUAGCCUCAGAUUUGUGUUGCUUCUGCUUAGAAGCUAGGACGGUGACUCAGUGAGUUGAGUUGUAGCUGAGCCGGAAGGAGGGACAAGAACAAACACUCAUCAAUGGCCACCUUAUCCAUCUCCACAGCUCUUCAAAAACUCACUCCCUUCCCUUCUUCUUCUUCUAGUAAGAAACAAAACACAUUUGUCUCAUUUCCAAUCUCAAUUCAAAACCCUAACUCUAUUAGACUCCCCAUUUGUCAUGCCACCGCCAAGUCCCAAACUGGACCCGUCAAGAAACGCUCCUCCUCUUCUUCUACAGCUUCGCCUAAUACUAACAAGAAGAAGAAAAGAAGAAGCAAAGGUGGCAGUGGUGAUAAUUUGAAUUUGAGGGAUGCCGAGAUUGUUAAAGAUGAUGGCGGUCUUGCUAAUGUCCAGGUUGAUGACGACGACGAUGAUGAUAGUGAUGAUGGCUUUUAUUCGGAUUCGGUUUCAAGAAAAGUAUCUACCCAUCCAACUAUGCCUCUGCCUAAACCACCAGCUGGGUUUGUUGUGGAUGAUAGUGGAAGGGUUCUCUUGGCUUCUACUAAGCGGAUUGUCACCAUGGUUGAUCCCACGAAUAAUUAUCCAUUGGAGUGUGUUAUAAGGAGAAUAUUUAGAAGUUCACGAGGGGAUGAAUGCAUGCUGCUAUGUCCAGCUGACACGCCUGUUCAGAUAUUGAAGAGUGUAAAUAUUGACGGUUGGUCUGCGGUCAGUGAUGGAGAAGUUGAAUCUAUUCUUCCAGCUGCUGCAUAUGCUCUGGCCAAGAUACACAUGCAUUUAGUGCAUAGCGGAUUCUGUUAUACGGCAAGAGGAGGGUUUUGUUACUCUGAGGAUGACAUAUUUGAUUUCCGGACAGAUGAUGGUGAAGAUAUAGAUGGCUUGCCAAAUGAAGGUGUGGAAAUUACAUGCUUCCAUCUGGAUGGUGCACAUUAUAUGAUUUAUACACCAUCUGAUCCACUUCUUUUUGUUGCUGUUAAGGAUCAGGAUGGGCAGUUGCAAAUAGCUGAUGAUGAUCUCUUAGAGGACCCAGCUAUCAUAAGUGCCAUAGACGAGGAGACCGAAUUCAAUGCCCUUGUGGAAGAAGAGGCUGCUCUUCUGGAAUCGCUGAUGGGUGAAAGAUGACGAUCGAGUUAGCAUCAACUUCUGUAAACAUGAAACACUCCACUUCUAAGGAAGCGGCUUUUAUUUGUUUCUGCUUCAAGAUAUUUCUCGUGGGAAAGAGAGGCACAAGACCACUAAUUUCUUUUUUGCAUCUUUUCUCUGUAUAUAAAAAAAUUUUGUUUGAUGUUAAAAAUGUUUAAAUUAUAUUUAUUAGAUCUUGACAUGCUGGAUCCA